UGCAGCUGCGAGCCCGUGGAGGCGUCGGCGUGCUCCUGGGCGGGGUGGGACUCGGGCUGUCGGAACGGCUGUGGGGGCCUGGGCCUGGAGCCUCCCCCGCACAAGGGAAAGGCAGCGAACCCUCCGUCCCCUCCAGCUUUGGCUCAAACGUCUGUUUGUUCUGAAUCACUCCGCACACUCCGAGUGGUCAUGAUUUCUGUCGGCGGACCGCUCUGUGCCCUACUGAGCGGAAACACCCGGAUGGGCUUGGCUGGCAUGGACGGCUCUCAUCUUUCCGACGUCUAUGGGACAUGACAUCGAUUUACAGACGUCAGGCUGCCCGGCCAUGACCACGGCGUGGUACCGGCCCACGUGGGACCUGGCCCUGGACCCGCUGGUGUCCUGCAAGCUGUGUCUCGGCGAGUACCCGCUCGAGCAGAUGACGACCCUGGCCCAGUGCCGCUGCACCUUCUGUACCCUGUGCCUGAAACAGUACGUGGAGCUCUUGAUCAAAGAAGGACUGGAAACCGCCAUCAGCUGCCCGGAUGCGGCCUGCCCCAAGCAGGGCCACCUGCAGGAGAGCGAGAUCGAGUGCAUGGUUGCGGCUGAAAUUAUGCAAAGAUAUAAAAAGCUACAGUUUGAAAGAGAGGUGCUCCUGGACCCCUGUCGGACCUGGUGCCCAGCGUCCACCUGCCAGGCUGUGUGCCAGCUCCAGGAGAUGGGACUGCAGACGCCCCAGCUGGUGCAGUGCAAAGCCUGCGACACGGAGUUCUGCUCCGCCUGCAAGGCCAGCUGGCACCCCGGCCGGGGCUGCCCCGAGGCCGUGCCGGUCACCUUCCUCCCCGGGGAGACCAGCUCGGCCUUCAGGCCCGAGGAGGACGAUGCGCCCAUCAAACGCUGCCCCAAGUGCAAGGUCUACAUCGAGCGGGACGAAGGGUGCGCCCAAAUGAUGUGCAAGAGUUGCAAGCACGCCUUCUGCUGGUACUGCCUCGAGUCGCUGGACGACGACUUCCUCCUGAUCCACUAUGAUAAGGGACCCUGCCGGGACAAGCUGGGCCACUCCAGGGCUUCCGUCAUCUGGCAUCGGACACAGGUCGUGGGCAUCUUUGCCGGAUUUGGGCUCCUGCUCCUGGUGGCCUCGCCACUCCUGCUUCUGGCCACCCCGUUCGUGCUUUGCUGCAGGUGCAAAUGCAGCAAAGGCGACGAUGACCCCUCACCCACCUAGAGGAAGGCGGGCGCUGGCACGGGACCCCCGCCUCCAAGAAGUGUGGUGCCCCCUCCCACCCCCCCACCCCCCACUAAACAUCGUUCUUGCCUUAUGUGCCCCAUUGAGCUUCACAGUGUCGCGCUGGACGCCAUGGUUUCAGGGACCAAUGUCAGAACUCUCGCCGAGGCCCCAGUGCCGUCACCGGGGCUGGCGGGCAGAGGGUACAUCCCGGCAGAACCUGGCUCUGCAGACUCGACCCAGGAGGUGCUGCAGGAAGCACACGGGCUGCUUUCUUCCCGUGGUGACCGACGAGGAGUGUGUGGCAGGUGCACAAGAGACCUUCUUGGGCAAGUUGUUGUCUCGCCCUCAGCCUCCAGGUGGCGCCAUGUUGCCGAGAGGAAUCUUGGCAGGAUUGCCACUGGCUUCAGACAGACUCCCGUGAUUCUGACUCGAGAAAAGUACUGUUGGAGACAACCGUUUUCAUUACUAGUGGCAUUUAGUAACUUUUCAGAAGGCAUUUCCCCCCCAGCAGAGUAGUGGAAACUCAACAAGGUGCGUCUACGCCAUCCUCUGCCUUUCUCGCAUUGGGAGAUGUGUGUGUUCGGAAGCUGGGCCGAACGAGCCUGGGAGGGCCUGGGCGCCUCGGUGCCCACCUCCCCGAAAGCCGUUCCGUGUUUCUUCGGAAGCACGGCCAUGUUGGCAGGUCCGUGGCCGUCAUCGGCUUGCCUUUCCUUUCUUCGCUCCUUGCCCAGCCAGUUCUGCCCGCCAUCCGCCUAUUUCUCCCCACCUGGCCACCAGCAGACACACUUUACGCACGUCUUCAGAGACCACAGGUCUGCUCACAAGUGGUUUUCUGGGCAUCACUGCAGUUUGGCGCUUGCCUCUGUCUCCCCUGGGGGGCAGUAGGCAGGAAACGAGGCCCUCGGUCUGCAGGGGGGCCCUAGGGUCUGAGGGUGGGGGGCACUUCCUGCGUGUCUGCAGGUUUUUCAGGGCUUAGUUAGUUUCUCGAGCUCUGGGCCCCGACCCGAACCAUUCGCCCCUGCUGAAACCCCCCGUCAUUGCGCCAGGGGUCUGCCACUCUGUCUUCUCCAGGCCGUGUGGCUGCUCCUUCCCAUGGCAGCGGCGUCCACGGGUCAAUGAGACGCAUCCCCCCAUGGAUUAACUUUGAAAAGUGGGGAGCAAGUGUUCUUUACAGAGACUUGGUGUUGGUGCAGCUACCCAAGUCCCAUGCGCUGGUACAGGGCUAGCUGGUUGCGUCGACCUUGGGGCUUCCAAACACGGUGGAGGGGCAGAUGUUGCAGAUUUGUUACAGUGGCACUUGUGGAAACUCACUAAGGGGCUUCGCAGGGGACUAAAGGGGAGCAAAAGCUGACGUUGCUCCCCACCAUUCGCUUGUGGGGAGCCCUUGUGUGCACAGGAGGGGGCAGCGUUUGUGGCCUUUCGGGUCAGGUUUACCUCCCCAUGGAGAACUCUCCUCUUUGUUUCUGAAGUUUUAAUGGGUCAGAAGAAAUAGGACCACCUCGUUUCUUCCCUUCUGGUGUUUAUUUCUUUUAUGAAACAAGUCAUUCAGGAGACCGGUCCAUGUCAAAAUGUUCCCUGUAACUGCAGUUUAAAAUUUCAGUGUCUACGUUAAAAGAACAAGCCUGCGCCUGCCCUCGAGGGGAGGAGCCUGGGCGGCGCGUCUCUGUGCCCGGGGAAGGGGACCCAGGGUCUGGCGGCCGCUGCCUUUCCUGAGAGGGUGGCGGCUCCGUGAGGCUUAAAGCUGAAGCCGGUGGCCUGCGCUUGAAGCCACAUCACGGGGUUUGUGACCGCCUCCCUCCAGCCACCGCGCUUUGACGUGUGUGUGGAAGCAGCAGGUGUGUGGUCCUGGGUCCAGGGGUCCACAGUUGGGAGGCUGCGCCCAUCCCGGUCCAUCUUGCUGGCCCUGGCCGCUGCUCUCUGCACAGUGACCGUCCCUCCUCCGUCCACUGGGGUGGGGCCUGAGCCUUGAAAAGGUCGCAUUCCCAGGGUGAGAGCUCCCAUGUGUCUGUUCCUAGUGGGCCAGGUCGGCCGUCUACCCUGAGAAGUCCGAGGCCCAACCCUGCCUGUCUGUAGCCCUGCCCACCGGUGCCUUCACAGCUGGCACAUUUCACAAGUACGAGGUGUGACCCCCUUUGGGACCACCGAGACUGUGGGGCCGACGGGAGCCCAAGUGGCACCUGCUUGCCCUGAGGCUUGGCACCAAGUGAGCCUUGGUGCACUCCAGGGGUAGCAAAGCCGAGGCCGCCCAUUCCCUGGAAGGGCCCCAGCAGGCCGCCCCCAGGCCCUCCCGUGACCCCGCAUUUCCCCCCCUCCUCCGUCAGUCUGGCAGGGAUGCCACCCCCCCUUGUCUGUGGGGUCGUGAUGCUGACCAGGCUCGACGUAAAAUGUGGGCAGAGCGUGGGGAGCUGGCCUGCAUUUGGAUGUUAUGGCUCGCCAUCGGUCCCCGGGGAACCUGGGGGAGUUCUGCACUUUGGGGGUGGACUCCUCCCAGUUCAUGUGACAAUGACACCCCGGUCGCUGACGGUUUUCACGGCCGCCCUCUGGAAGCAGUGCGGUUGAUUCCAUCAGAGGCCUUUAAGUCCAGGGGACAAGGAAGAAGAGUCCCCCAGACUGACCCGGGCUGGGAUGGAGGCCCCACCAGCCCGAAGGUUACCCAAGUCCCAUUGGAAACUGACCGCCUUGCGAGGUUGGGUGGGCGUGACUGUCUGUCCAGCUGGCUCCGUCGCAUGUCCUGCAGCCCUGAGCUGAGUAUUGCCAUCAUCACCAGCGGCCAGUGUCUCAGAGAAGGGGUCCCUGUGCGUGUCAUGCAGCAGAGACUGAGUUAGGGGUUGAGCGCAGGCGAGACCUUCGCUGCAGGAACCUGCCCAUGUCCGGUCUCACUCUGCCCCUUGGGGCAGCCACCGGAACCUACACUCGUCACUUCUCCAACAGGGGGAACAUGUCUCCUAGCCCCGUGUUGUCCCAGAAAACCAGCCGAGGGACCAGGCUGAUCCCUGAGUCGAGCCUCAGGCCCACAGGGAAAAAGGUCGUCACACAUGCAAGAACUACUUCCAGACGAGUGUAUCUUUUUUCCCCCAAAUGACAAAAAUUAGGAAGUUACUUCACAAACUGGAACGGGCAGUUUCCCCUGGGUACUCUUUAAACAGGAGGAGAUCAGGAAGAACCAGGGCGAGCUUUCCAUAUGUUCCCAGAUUCUCAUGUAUCAAUAAAUACCCUUGUACAUACACAUAGACACAUUGUAGCACAGUCACGGAGGGAGAACGUGGUGCAUGUGUAGAGCUCCAGGAAGGCCUGGUUAAAGAAAUACCAAAGCUUGUUUAUUCCUCGGCAUGAACCCAAGCCCCAGGGGAACUGAAAUGAGGAGCGUGGCCCUCCGGCCCCAGACGCCGCGUGGAGCGCAGGGGCCUGUGCUCACUCAGAGCCGCAGGUGCGACUGGGAGCCCGGAGCGCUGCCGUCUGGAGUCCAGCCCACGGUCCCGGUCGCCGUUCGGCUGCGCCCUUGCAUCCCCCACAGGGGCCUUCAGGGGCGUGCCCGCGCACCCUGGCGGCCCCUGCCGUCUUUGCUCGUCAUUGUAACCUUGUAUAAAACCUGCAUGAGUGGGCCUCGCACUUGUAGACAGGGCGCGUUGGGCAGGCGGCGGAACGCGGAAGCCUUAGGCUGCGCUGCGGCCGCGGCGGUGCGUCCGCGCCAGGAACACUGUGACGCUCGGGGCGCUGCCUGAAUGCCUUUUCGCGUCGUGGUUUGUACUCUGCAAUCCUAUGGGAAAGUGUGAUUUGUAAUUUCAAUACAUAUUUUGAAUGUAUUGUGUCUUAUGUAGUGUGUCCCCCCUUUGGAAGGGAUUUCUUUUUAAAGAUAUUUUGGCUGGAAUACAGGCUACUUUUGUAAA